AUGCUCCUUCGGCGACAGCACGACGCGCGCGUCGAUGCGGCAAAAUCGACUCGGCUGUACUUGAUGAUGGGGCGGCGCGUGCGCGCGGCAGCAGCCUUGCGCAUCCAAGCCAUGUGCCGCGGCCGACUGGCGCGCAUUCUCACGGAGAGGCUCCGCGCCGCCAGGGUUGCGGCCGCGUGGGUCGUAAAGACCACCGCGGACGGCCGCCGCUUCUACUACAAUCGGCUGACCAAGCAGCGGCAGUGGAAGAUGCCAGAGCUCAAGGCUCGCCUUGCAGGGCAAAAGGAGGCUCCUAGUGGCAAGGAGGCGAGGCCCGCGCCCGCGGCAGCGAGCGCCGCGCUUGCGGGGACGUCACCAGUUGAGGUGGAUGCGGCCGCGUGGGUCGUAAAGACCACCGCGGACGGCCGCCGCUUCUACUACAAUCGGCUCACCAAGCAGCGGCAGUGGAAGAUGCCGGCGGAGCUACGGGCGGCGGCUGCCGCUGCCAGGGCCACUCCCGACACUCUCGGGAUGAGCUCAUGUGGGGCAACGGGCGAGAGGGCGGGGCAACUCCAGCGAGGAACCGUCUCCACCCUCGAGUGA